UUUUCGGUAUAUAAGCCGGCUGAGAGAAGUGGAAGGCACAGCUCUCCUGACCAGCUCAGUCAGCCAACACACCAACCAAACAUGAACACCCUGACUUUCGUGUGCCUGACGGCCCUGGUGGCGGUGGCCGCCGCCUCCGGAUACUACGGAUACGGAAACGCCAUCUCCGGAUCCCACAGCAACCAGUACGGCGGAUACGGAUACGGACGCGUCACCAAGGCCGUCGUCAGAACCGUCGGACUCGGCGGAUACGGCGGAUACGGCGCUGGAUACGGAUACGGCGGAUACGGCCUGGGUCUGGCCCGCGGCUACGGAGGAUACGGCCUCGGCGGCUACGGAGGAUACGGCCUCGGCCUGGCCCGCGGAUACGGAGGAUACGGAUACGGACUCGGCCGUGGAUACGGCGGCUACGGCCUGGGUAUUGCCAAGGUGGGCACCAUUGGCUACGGUGCUGGGUACGGCUACGGCGCUGGCUACGGCGGCUACGGCCUCGGAGGUCUGAGCUACGGCUACGGCUCGGGAAUCUACGGCUACGGCCACUAGAGUUCGGGGACGUGCUGUCGGUCUGUGAAUUGAGUGUCCUGUUGACGUGUUAUGCCGUACUAUUGCAAUAUGAACUAGUGUUAUUUAUUAGAAAAUACAUGAUAACAAUGAAA